UAUUAAAUUUUCUCUCUCAACAAAGUUUCUCUCUCUCUCUCUAAAAACAACGCGGAGUGUACUACUAUUCUUUGCCUGCCAUUCACACGGGUUCCUACAUUAUGAUACCGUUGAACAGAAGCAAUAUUCUGAAAGUUGUGGGUGUUGAAAGAAGGAGAGUAGUGAGGAAAUUUUUUGUUGCAUUGAUGGAGAAGACAGUAAUAAUGAACGGUGGAGAUUAUCCAGUGGUGGAAGAAGAAGGUAAGGCUGGUUUUGGAGGGGGUGUUGAGGACGUGUAUGGUGAGGAUAGUGCCACUGAAGAUCAGCUUGUUACUCCCUGGACCGUCUCUGUUUCUAGUGGAUACACCUUGCUGCGGGAUCCACACCACAACAAAGGGCUUGGCUUCAAUGAGAAAGAGAGAGAUGCCCAUUACUUGCGUGGCCUUCUCCCUCCAGCUGUGUUCACUCAGGAGCUUCAGGAAAAGAAGUUAAUGCAUAAUCUUCGAAAAUAUGAUGUUCCAUUGCAUAGGUACAUGGCCAUGAUGGAUCUUCAGGAGAGAAAUGAAAGGCUGUUUUACAAGCUUCUAAUAGAUAAUGUUGAGGAACUGCUUCCAGUUGUGUACACUCCAACUGUUGGUGAGGCUUGCCAGAAAUAUGGGAGUAUUUUCAGUCGUCCCCAGGGCCUAUACAUCAGUUUGAAAGAGAAGGGGAAGAUUCUUGAAGUCUUGAAAAAUUGGCCAGAGAAGAGUAUUCAAGUUAUUGUUGUGACUGAUGGUGAGCGUAUAUUGGGGCUUGGGGAUCUUGGAUGCCAGGGAAUGGGAAUUCCUGUUGGAAAACUUUCUUUAUAUACAGCACUAGGAGGAAUUCGUCCUUCAGCAUGCUUGCCUGUAACUAUUGACGUCGGCACAAACAAUGAGCAGCUGUUGAAGGAUGAGUUUUACAUUGGUCUUAGGCACAAGAGGGCAACUGGGCAGGAAUAUGCUGAGCUUCUUGAUGAGUUCAUGAGUGCAGUUAAACAGAACUAUGGGGAGAAAGUUCUAGUACAGUUCGAAGAUUUUGCUAACCAUAAUGCAUUUGAGCUGCUGUCACGAUACCGCUCAACUCAUCUUGUCUUUAAUGAUGAUAUACAGGGUACAGCAUCUGUAGUGUUAGCAGGACUUAUUGCAGCUCUGAAAUUAGUUGGUGGAACCUUAGCUGACCACACUUUCUUAUUCCUGGGUGCUGGAGAAGCUGGAACUGGUAUAGCAGAGCUUAUAGCACUUGAGAUUUCAAAACAGACAAAAGCUCCGUUGGAAGAAACACGCAAGAAGAUUUGGCUUGUGGACUCAAGGGGACUGAUUGUUAGCUCCCGUAAGGAGUCACUUCAGCACUUUAAGAAGCCAUGGGCUCAUGAGCAUGAACCUGUUAAGGCGCUCUUAGAUGCUGUCAAGGCAAUCAAGCCAACAGUGCUGAUAGGAUCCUCGGGAGUAGGAAAGACUUUUACAAAGGAGGUGGUUGAGGCCAUGUCAUCCUUUAAUAAGAAACCUCUCAUUCUUGCUCUCUCCAACCCAACUUCACAAUCUGAGUGUACAGCUGAAGAAGCUUAUACAUGGAGUAAGGGUCGAGCAAUCUUUGCUAGUGGAAGCCCAUUUGACCCUGUUGAGUAUGAUGGGAAAGUUUUUGUGCCUGGCCAGGCCAACAAUGCUUACAUCUUUCCUGGUUUCGGUUUGGGUUUGAUCAUCUCUGGUGCAAUUCGUGUGCAUGAUGACAUGCUUUUGGCAGCCUCGGAAGCUUUGGCUGUGCAAGUGGCACAAGAAAACUUCGAUAAGGGAUUGAUUUACCCACCAUUCACCAAUAUCAGAAAGAUAUCAGCUCACAUUGCUGCUAAAGUCGCUGCUAAGACAUACGAACUUGGUCUUGCUUCUCGUCUCCCUCGUCCUAAGGAUCUUGUUAAGUAUGCAGAGAGCUGCAUGUACAGCCCAAUCUACCGCAGCUAUCGUUGAAAUUCCUGCACUUUGUAAUCUGCAACCUCUCCGACUUUCAAGUUUUGUCCUUUUCUCUUUUCUUUAUUGGUUUUUCUUUAGUCUUCUAGUUCAUAAAUUAUAGUUAAGUCCCUAUGUCGGGACUGAAAAUUUUCUUAUAUCUAUUUUCAUUUCAAGAGGGAGAGAUUUCAAUGUUUUCAAACUCCGUAUCUAAUGAAUAAUAUUCAUAUAUCAGAAGGAUUCAUUAUAACUA